AUGACAUGUAAUGUGACGCCAGAGCAGGAGCUACAAGUGCUGCAGAUGAUAUUGAAACUUUGUGCUGCAGGUGCUGAAGAGUCUGGUGAAAAGUUUCGCCUUAAAGUUCGAAAGGCUCUGCAAGAGUCAGCAAAUGACGAGGCAGCCAUUGAAGCAGUAGCAUCACUGUUACGUCACUACGGAAAGGUGCUGAAGAAGCUCGAUGGCUCUUACGAAAAGGAACGUGAGUUGAAGCGGCUCCGAUCCGAACGUGGGGCUUUGCGAGCAUCUCGGUUUGUGGAUGAUCAAGCGGAGAGCGGGGACGAGGACGAGGACGAAGAUGUAAGUGGGGAUGAGGAGGUCGAGGACGUCGAGGUGGAAACAUAG